AUAUCUAUGGCAGCAACCAAGAGGCUUGAAUUUUCGAGCUCUCCCUGUAGAUUUUGCAGUGGCGCAGUGUCCACAUGAGUGAUAGAACUCUGAGCCAAUCACGGUGCAACUAGAGUACAUUACUAACCCCUAUGCUCUGUAUUUUCCACUGGCUGCCUCAUCACCACCACAGAAAGCACUAAGCUAGGCUAAAACACCUGCAUUUUGGAGAUGCCUUUCUCAAGAAUGGAAAAAAGAGACCAUAUUUGUAUGCAACUUUAUUAACUCAAAGAUUUGCAUAACCUGCCCUGAAUUCACUGUACAUAUGGCAUGGCAAUGAUUGUUAGGAGAGUUGGCACAUGCAGAUCUGGGAUCAGGCGAUCCAGUGGCCAGCUCUGACACACAUUACACCUCAGGCAGUAGCAGCCAGUCACACAAGCCAGAUGUCAAAGUGACUUUACACAUUACGGAACCAACUACCUGUAAUGAUGGGCAGAAAUGUCUGUCAGGUUAAUAAGUAGCCAUGGCAACCUUUGCUCCCAUUUGGCACUCCUAAGUCAGACCUCAAACAAGCACCAAGGUGUUCUGUUCUAGGACUCCUGUACCGAAUUCUUCUGGAGAAGUUCCAUUGACAAAGAUAAUAGAGGGAGGUAUGCUGAGGUAGAAGAAGUCAAAGAUAUUCUGGCAGAUCAAGGGAGCCCUCUGCUCCAGGACCAAGAGGUCUUAUCCUUCACCAACUAUCCCAGCAUGCAAUACCCCUCGGUGGAGCCCACCAUGUCCUCCCCUCCAUACUACUCCAAUCAGAAUUACUACCCCCAAUACAGCGUUGAGGAGUGGUACUCACCCACAGAGAUGUAUGAACUGAGGAAAGAACCCCUGGAGGGUAGCUACGAUGUUGAAAUGGAAGAGGCAUCCGCCAUAGUGCCUGCGGUGUGCAAGAGGACCAGGCACACUUCCCAUGCAGGCAGGGUCAAAGGGGAGGAGCUGUGUGUGGUGUGUGGGGACAAGGCAUCUGGGUACCACUAUAACGCUCUCACCUGUGAGGGGUGUAAAGGCUUCUUCAGACGGAGCAUCACAAAGAACGCCGUUUACAAGUGCAAGAGUAAAGGGACCUGUGAGAUGGACAUGUACAUGCGCAGGAAGUGCCAGGAGUGUCGUCUCCGGAAGUGCAAGGAGAUGGGCAUGCUGGCAGAAUGUCUGCUGACAGAGAUCCAGUGUAAGUCUAAAAGGCUGAGGAAAAACACCAAGGCCUCACCAGGAGAGUCCACUUGGGACGAGACAGAGGGGGGAGACAACGGAGACAGCAAGCAGGUCACUUCCACCACCAAACUGUCAAAGGAGAAGAUUGAGCUCAGUCAAGAGCAGCAGGCUAUUUUGAGCUUCAUCGUAGGAGCUUACCAGAAACAUCGAAUCCCUCAAGACAUGGCCAAAAAACUGCUACAGGAGUAUUUCAAUGCAGAUGAGAACUUCCUCCUUUUGACAGAGAUGGCCACCAGUCAUGUUCAAGUGCUGGUGGAGUUUACCAAAAACAUUCCAGGUUUCUCUGCCCUGGACCAUGAGGAUCAGAUAGCUCUGUUAAAGGGCUCGGCAGUGGAGGCCAUGUUCCUGCGCUCAGCACAGGUGUUUACCAGGAAGCUACCCCAUGGACAUACAGAGGUGCUGGAGGACAGGAUACGUAAGAGUGGAAUAUCAGAGGCGUUCAUUACACCCAUGUUCAACUUCUACAAAAGCAUCGGGGAACUCCAGAUGAUGCCGGAAGAACACGCCCUUCUCACCGCCAUUACCAUCCUGUCACCAGACCGGCCAUACCUGAAAGACCAGCAGGCAGUGGAGAGGCUGCAGGAGCCUAUGCUGGAGUUGCUCAGGAGGUUCUGUGCAAUGCAGCACCCGCUGGAGCCCCAGCACUUUGCCCGUCUCCUGGGACGUCUGACCGAACUGCGAACCCUCAAUCACCACCACGCCGAGAUGCUUACCUCUUGGCGCAUGAGCGACCACAAGUUCACCCCCCUCCUCUGUGAGAUCUGGGACGUACAGUGAAUGAUACAUAGAGGCUGCAUCGAUGGAUGGAUGAAUGGGGGAGAGGAGAGGACAAACAUUUCAACCUGACGCCUACCAUUUCAGAAGCUGCAACCAUUUCGAAACCUGAACAUCGAACCAUUUCAGAAUUUAUGACUGCGAUGCAAUAAGACAUGACACCGCUUUCAGAUGUUGGAAAUUGAUAUUGUGUAGGCUUUGCUCAGGUGUUCUGUGAGCCUUUGUGAUGUUCUACUUGAAUGUGACCCCCCGUUGCAGACCAAAGAAACUUGGAGACAUUAUUUAAAGAAAAGAUCUCCCAACGGGAUAAUGGACUUAUAUUGUCAAGUUUGCCAGAUUUUGUAGAAAGUAAUCUGAUAACACCCCUAGUAUUGGCAAAUCAUCUUCUGACUAAUACACUUGUAGUCAUGAUAUUGUUUGGACCCAGCCACAGGAGUUUGGACUGGAUCAGUUUGACAUACGAUCUCUCUUGUGGUUUAUAAAUAUACUGAACAAAAAUACACUGCUCAAAAAAA